CUCUGGAUGUUCUGAAAAAAUUUGGGAGUCCAGAGGACUUCUACAAAUUUGCCGGUCCCUUGAUGCGUGGGGUUCCAGGUGCCUUUGUGGAUCUCCUCGUCCACCAACAGAAUCGCGUGUCUCCAUCGCGUCUCCUGCCGUCUCUUCUUCUUCCAGAGGCAUUUAACAUGGAACAUGCCCGAGAGGUGGUGAGGUACCUGGAGCAUUGCAUCUUCGUCCUGGACUCACACGAGACAGCCGUCCACAACUACCUCCUCUAUCUCUAUUCCAGCCUCUAUCCUGAGAAGCUUCUUACAUAUCUGGAAAAUCAAGGAGACAGCAUUCUGGAGGUGAACUUCGAUCCACGAUAUGCCCUGACGGUCUGCCAGGAAGCAGGACACGACCAGGCGUGCGUGCGGCUCUAUUCCAUCCAGGGCCUGCACGAGGAGGCGGUGGAUCUCGCACUCAAGACGGACAUCGACCUGGCAAAAUCUAUGGCCAAUAAGCCCAAGGAGAAUGAGAGUAUGUGCAAGAAGCUCUGGCUCAAGAUCGCCAAGCAUGUGGUCCAGGAGGAGAAGGACAUCGGAAGGGCGAUGGAGGUCCUCCAAGAAUCGGGUCUCAUCAAGAUCGAGGACAUCCUCCCGUUCUUCCCCGACUUCGUGACCAUCGACCAGUUCAAGGAUGCCAUCUGUGCCUCCCUGGAGGACUACAAUCGACACAUGCACGAACUCCAGGAGGAGAUGGAGGAGGCCACCGGCAGCACCGAACGCAUUCGCAAGGAGAUCUCCAAGCUUAAGAAUAAGCCUUUUGUGAUCAAAGGGAACGAGAAGUGCGAGAACUGCGGGGUGCCGGCCAUGAUGAGAGCCUUUUACGCCUUCCCCUGUUCCCACUUCUUUCACCAAGACUGCCUCGUGGACCAGGUCCUCCCUCACCUCCACGGUCCCUCCAAGUCCAAGGUGGAAGACCUCCAGGUAAAUUCCAUCGUCCCGUUCCCCACUUCCGUCCCGGACGGCUGCACGAAGCCGUCGUCU